AAAACAUAAGUUUAACAAAUAGCUACACACGUUGUUGUUAAUUCUUUAUUCUUUUUCAUUUUGCUUUCUUUGUUACCUCUCUCAACAGGGUCAAUCAUGAAUUCCGGGUCGACCCGAAUCCAUUCCGUCUCAUUGAUCCAACCUGAUGGAGGCAAACUCAUUGAACUCUUCAUUGAAGAAUCACAAAGAGAAUUGAAGAGAGAAGAAGCAAAUAAAUUGCCACAAAUUAAGGUUAACAAGAUUGAUAUUGAAUGGGUACAUGUGUUAAGUGAAGGAUGGGCAAGUCCAUUGAAAGGAUUUAUGAGAGAAAAUGAGUACUUACAGACACUACAUUUUAACUGUAUACGUAUUGAUGAUGGAUCUUUUGUUAACAUGUCUGUUCCAAUUGUGCUUGCUAUUGAUGAUUUGAAGAAGGAUGAGAUUGGUGGGGUGACUAGUGUUGCUCUUGUUGAUGAUGAGAAUAACCCCAUUGCUAUUCUUAGCGAGAGGUCAUGAGUUCAAGCCUCGGAAGCAGUCUCUGGCAGAAAUGCAAGGCAAGGCUGCGUACAAUACACUCUUGUGGUGGGGACUUUCCCAAGACCCUAUGCAUAGCGGGAGCUUUAGUGGGGAGACUAGUGUUGCUCUUGUUGAUGAUGGAAAUAAUCCCAUUGCUAUUCUUAGUGA